AUGAGCGAUGAGCCGGGAAAUAAGGCCAUCACAGGGCCGUCCUCAGUCGGAUCACCACGAUUCAAGCGGACAUACGUUGCUUGCGACACCUGUAGGUCUCGCAAAGUGAGAUGCAUUAUGGGAGGUGAGCCCCCUUGCGCCAAAUGCAAACGUGAGCAUCGCGAUUGUCGAUUCGAUCGACGUCCGAGAACCUCGAAGCACAGGGAUCCGCCAAAUUGGAAAAGUAACCGGCCGGCUGAGCAUGCUAUCACGCCGCAGCCUGCUAGCGUCAGUCGAGCCAAGUCACCACAAGACGUUGAUACACCAGUACAAGAAAACAUGCCAUCAGCGGCCCCUCUAUCUAGAGCAGUCAACCAAGACCUUAGAAGCGGGUGGCAUCAAAGUUCUCUUCGUGAUAGUUCACUUUCAGAACGGGUUGUCUCCAGCCUUGUGACCGGCUCUAAUGAUGCUCUUGAUGUGCUGUCCGACGCCGCAAAUAUACUUCACCAUGCUACAGUAUCACCAUCCUCUGGUCCCCCUUCAGCACCGCCAACACACGCCGUGCAGGAUGUUCCCGUUGCUGUACCCGCCAGAGAACAAACAGGAGGUCAGAUCGGGGUGGGUUUUGUCAUUCUGGCUCUAUCUGAACCAGGCGACGAUACCCUCGAUAUGUGGGACAAGUGCAGAUUCGUCAGACAGGGCUGGUUCACAUCGCAAGAAGCCGUCACGUACAUCGAUCUUUUCUUCAAAUAUCUCUCUCCACUAUCUCCUAUCAUCGUCGACCAAUUUCGGAACCACAAUGCUCACUCAAGCCUCGUUUAUGAAGAAUCCAUGUUAUGUUGCACUAUCCUAAUGAUUUCAUCUCGAUUCUUCCUAUUGCCGGGAGCAGGCGGCAUUUCCAGGAGUCAGUUGAUACAUAAUCGACUUUGGCAAUUUUGUGAGCUGAUGAUCAAACGCAUUAUUCUGGGUCAAGAAAAGAUUUCCACCGCCAAGAUGAGAAUAAUCGGCACAAUCGAGAGUCUGCUGCUCAUCUCCGACUGGCACCCUCGAGCCAUUCAUUUCCCUCCGGAUACAGAGGGCUGGGAUGCUAUGCUGAUCGAUCUGGAUUACGACCGAGAGAACCGGAGACGAACUAACGAUGAGGAACCCCUCCUCCGUUGGCGCAAGGAUGUUUUUGAGCCUGCGAAAAGAGCGAGCAGGAUGUCGUGGAUGCUCCUGGGCCUUGCGACGAAUCUUGCCUACGAGCUUGGAAUAUUAUCAAGCGGUCAGCGCGCAGACUAUACGGCGUCAAAGGUUGCAGAUUGUCGCAAGUUUCGAGCUCGAAAGCUGCUUUAUGCCUACAUGACUCAAACCGCAACGAGACUUGGGUAUAGCUCCGUCUUCCCCGAGAGUGUGUCCAUUGCAGCCUCGAGAUCUUCGAUGAAAGACAUGGACCAUUCUUCACAGGCCUCAUGGGCAUCGUACAUGGAUAUCUACCUCGAGUUCACCCGUCUCUCAAAAGUAGCUUCGUCAAUGUUCUUCCAAUCUGUGGAACAUUUGGAAGGCUUACUUCAGAGCGAUGGCUACCCAGAUCUGCUGGAUCAUUUCCUGAGCUCUCUUUCCAACUGGAAGGUCUCAUUUGAUGCAGACUGCAAAGCUGGGCUGUUAAGAACAUCACUAUCUAUCGAGUACUACCACAUUAGAGCUUGCAUAGGUGCCAUAUCAAUACAGGCAGUCAUACAAAGAGCUGCGACAGCCAGAGCACAUGGAAUUGAGAAGGACAGUCUAGCCGGCUAUAUGACGGCCCAGGAUGCUAGAUUUCUGCAAGAGGUUGUGUCGGAUAGCAGCGAAGUGCUGCGCACUGCCACUCAGACAUCUUUCCAGUCACAUCUUGCAUAUGCGCCAGCAAGUGUCAGGAUCAGCGUGAUAUCUGCAUCCGUCUUCUUGUUAAAGGCCCUCAGUCUCGGAUCACCCGCGACAGAUGCUCCUUCAGCCCUACGGACGUUAGAUCGAUGUGUGACUGCGUUGGGAAGGUACCCGCCCGACGACAUGGAUUUUGCACUGAGAUACGCCCAUCUCAUUGAGAAACAUACCAAAUUCCUGAAGUCAAAUCUCUUCGUUGUAUCUGUACCCCAGAGAGCGCUCAACGAUACCCAAGACAGCCUGAGUGGAUUUGGACUCACGCUGCCAACUCUUCCGCCUGAUCAAAGUACCAAUGAUGGCGUGUCUACGGAUCAGAACGGGAUCUGGCGGGCUCUGCAAUUUGACUCCAGCAUUGCUCCUUUCAGUGACAACACGGAUCAGCUUUACCAGGGGUUCGACAUCGACUCACUCAACUUUCUAUGGAACCUCCCAGAUAUCAGUUAG